GCCAUCGCUUUCGGAGGCCAUCAGUGGCGUGCCAGUCUGCUUACCGUUAGCACCGGGUAACAAGGAUGAGUUCGGGCUCCUAACAAGCGCACCAAAGCAACAGAGUUUGCCCGCCGGGCCCAUUACCGCCUGCUAGUAACUAUAAGGAUAAUACUGUACGUUUUCCGCAUCAGGUAGAACUCGGUAGUGGUGAUCCAACAGAGCGCCGUCGGUUGUGUGGCUGCGGAACUCGGUAGUUUGGAAACGAAAAUGUCAUGGCUUCGCUUCGUGUCGGUUAUGUUCUGUGCGUUCAUGCUGGUGAAGGCGCGCGAAACCUGGCAGAAACCGGGAUGCCAUAAAGUGGGACACACGCGAAAGAUAAGCAUCCCGGAUUGUGUCGAGUUUACCAUCACGACCAAUGCGUGCCGCGGGUUCUGUGAAUCGUUCGCCGUACCCUCGGCACCGUUUGCACUGGUAGGCCACAAACCACCGCAACCGGUAACGUCCGUCGGUCAGUGCUGCAACAUCAUGGAAACGGAGGACGUGCGGGUGCGUGUGCUGUGUAUCAACGGCAUCCGGAAUCUGACGUUCAAAUCGGCCACCAACUGUUCCUGCUACCAUUGCAAAAAGGAUUAAUUAGGGCUGGAGCGGUCCGGGUGGACCGCCAAGCGCUCGCUCGUUGUGAGCAUGUGAGCAGCGUGCGUGUUCCCGCGUGCGACACACGUGCGUUUUAUUUACCUCUGAGCCACUUGCUUGGAACCGACAAAGGGAAAGGUUUCGCAUACAGCUGCUGCUACUAGUGCUCUACUGGAUAGUGUACAAAACAAUAUUACAUGAUGCUAUAUACAUAUACAUACCGCUGGAUAAAAAUGAAACUAUGAGAAAGUUGUAGUUAAUCACAAAA